GGUCGAGAGUUCUUACCAGGGUCGCGUUAAUCGCUCAGUCUCUCUCGCAGUGGCCGAUACCCUCCUCUAACAGUUUCGAUCUCAGCACAGUGCUCGAGGAAGAAGAUGUUGGCUCUAAAAGCCCUGACGAUUGGACUUUUGGUCAGCCUGAGUCUCGCUGCUCCACAAGGUGACUUGGAUAGUCUGAUUUCGGAUGUUUUUAACACUGGACAGCCUGGACAAGCUGGACAGCCUGGACAGCCUGGAAAAUCUGGACAACCUGGACAACCUGGACAAUUUGGACAAAACGGUAUACUUGACAAUGCUGCAGGUGUUGCGGAAGUCACCCCAACAAGCGUACCUGGGACCAUCUUGGGCUCGCAGAAUCAGAAGAACCAGGGCCAGGAUAGUUGCGAAUGCGUUCCCUACUAUCAGUGCCAAAACGGCAGCAUCCUGGACAACGGGAUUGGCAUAAUCGACAUCAGGUCCGGUUUUGGUGAUAGCUCCUCGGAAUCUCCACGGAUACAGGGAGCUUGCGACAAUUAUUUAGACAUUUGUUGUAAGGCUCCGGAUCUAUCGGAUGUCAAGAUCACCCCUAAGCCGAAUGUGCGGAAGGGUUGCGGCCAAAGGAAUCCUGACGGCGUUGGCUUCAGGAUCACUGGACAGACCGACAACGAGGCUCAAUUCGGGGAGUUCCCGUGGAUGGUGGCAAUCCUGAGGGAGGAAGUCAUCGGGAACAACGCCCAGAAGUUGAACGUCUACCAAUGUGGAGGAGCGUUGAUUCAUACGAGAGUCGUCCUUACGGCUGCUCACUGCGUUAAUGGGAAAGAGGCUUCGCAGUUAAAGGUCCGUGCAGGUGAAUGGGACACGCAGACCAAGAACGAGAUCUUCCCUCACCAGGAUCGCGACGUGGAGAGGAUCAUCGUCCACGAGAAGUUCCACUCCGGUGCUCUCUUCAACGAUGUCGCUCUUCUCAUCCUUUCUCAGCCCGUGGAGCUUGCUGAGAACGUAGAUGUCGUCUGUCUGCCUGAUACAGGGGCCGUCUUCGAUGGAUCUCGUUGCUACGCCAGUGGAUGGGGCAAAGACGUUUUUGGAAAGGAGGGUCAUUACCAGGUGAUCCUGAAGAGGGUGGAUCUUCCCGUAGUCCCCCAUGACACGUGUCAAAAUUCCCUUCGGCAAACUCGCCUUGGAAAGUACUUCAUCUUGGACAGGAGUUUCAUCUGUGCCGGUGGUGAAUCCGGGAAGGACACUUGCAAGGGUGACGGAGGUAGUCCUUUGGUGUGUCCUCUCAGCAACGAUCCCAGCCGAUACGUGCAAGCAGGAAUCGUCGCCUGGGGAAUCGGCUGCGGCGAAAAUCAGACUCCAGGAGUUUACGCGAAUAUCGCUCUUGCCCGACAAUGGAUCGACGAGCAGAUGGUCUUCAACAAACUGGACAUCUCUUCUUACCAGUACAACUCUCAAGUCUAGGCUAGCCGAGCUGUGUAUUACGAUGGCUUCGAAUAGAAUAAUAUUUUCGAGAGCUUUCUUGGUCUCUUGGAAAUCUUCUUUAUGUACCUCGAAGUCGACGCUCUUCAGCUCUUGACGCCGAAAAUAUCAAAAUUUUAACAUUUAAGGUGAUAUGAAAGUGAGAUCCGAGGAGUCAAUCGUUUAUGAGACUUUUCAUCGAAUUGGGUGUACCGAAUUGUUUGACAUUUUACCACUUCAAUGUGGAGACUCUAAGGAUGGUCCCGAGAUUCGAGAGAUUACAUUUUUAACGAAAUAUUACAAGAAUACUGAUAAGUGAAUUUUAAAAGAAUGAAAUUUCCCGGGUGUUUGGAGCUCCCUUAGGGUCUUCAUAUUCAUGUGGUAAGAUUUCAAAUUAUUGCGUCAUCAGUUUGGAACUUCUUAAGCAAGACUCUUCGGAUGCCAGUUUCGUAUCGUCUUAAGGUCUUCACUGAUAUCUCACGUAAGCGUAAAGAUAAGAACAACGGUAAGAACUGAUGAAUAAAAUUGGGGAAAAUUGAGUUUGCCGUCGAUGUUAGACAUUUUGACUGGCCAAUUCUUCCUGUCAUGCUUACGUUCACUGUUUUAUCAGGUAUCUGUGAAUGCUUUUUCGUUCAGGGUGUUGCUACGAAGGACGAUUCUUGCAAACAUUGUUGCUUAAAGAGGUUUAAGGCUGUUUAAAUCGAAUGGCCACUUCUCCCAUUAGGUGCUGUUCUAGGUUCCUUUAUUUCUUUUUGUUUUCUUUUCCUAGAAAUGUAGACACAAUUUAAUACCUCUCGUCUUGGAGCCUGGCUCUAUGAUGUUUUUUUCCAUUGUCAAAUUGUUAACGUUUGCGAGAGGAUAAUGGAGUAUCGAAAAAUCUCCUCAAUCUUGUCCUGUUUCUGUAUUCCAUGUAAAAUAGCCGAUUAAUUUUGGUUUCGGUUAUUUAUUGUCCUCGUGAUAUCAGUUUCCAACGAGUUAUGUCGACGUCUUGAAUUCUUUUUUGUAAGAUCUAGUCAAUGGAAUUAGACCAUUAAAUUCGUGGGUUGCAAAUGGACUUAGAAUAGUGACGGUUAGAUAAUAAUCAAGGUACAAAUUGGAAGCAUCACUUUGACGAUAAGACGUUUCGAAAUAUAUUCGUUCUACCCUGUGUCAUAUAA